UUUAGAGAAGGUAGAGGAGGCGUCCUCUGCACAUCCCCUCCGCAACCCACAGCAAGAAUGAGGGGAACUGCUGAAACAGUUCUUCAGUCGGCAAGUAGGAUCAUCCCAAACAAACUCGUAAGCACCGGGAGGCGCAGGUGCCCAAGGUUUCUUGCACAAAGCCAACUUCAAAAGCCGGACACAGAUGACGGGGCUCCGCACACCACAAGAAGAGCUGCUGCACUCAGCCUGGCCACCGUCACACUCUCCGGCCAGCUGAGUACUGCAAAGUCGCUAGCUGAAGAAGGAAGGCGGUUCUGGUUGGAUGGCCUUUUGGACACUCUUCCUCCCGUUUCUAACAAAAUAAACAAUGAAGAGACAGGAACACGGUCUUUUCUCAAACAAGGAAUUUACAUGGCGAAGGUUGGGCCCAAGGGCAGUGCGUACAGACUAAAGAAGACUGCUUUCGACCUUCUGGGCAUGGGGGAUAUCAUAGAUCAAGAUGCAUGGGGAUAUAUAAGAAAGUAUUUGCGCCUCAAGUCCACAUUCAUGUACUAUGACUUCGACAAAGUUAUUACCGCAGCUCCGGCAGACGAAAGGGAAGGACUUACCAAUCUUGCUAACAGAUUAUUUGACAAUGUUGAAAAGUUGGAGGUUGCAAUAAAGUCGCGCAGUGUUCCUCAAACGAAGUCUUGCUACGAGGAGACCAGUAGGAUCCUGGAAGAGGUGAUGGCACAAAUGGCUUAAACUGGAAGAGGAGGUCGUGUUUGCUUGAUUAAAGUGCCACAUGCAAACUGGAGUUUAACAGGGAAAGACCUAUACCAUUUCUCCCUCUCUGUCUCUCUCACACACAUCUUCUUAGCUGCCUAUCAAUGAAGUGAAAAAAUAGAGAUCGUUUUCACAAAAGUGAGAGAAGUUCAUCCGUCUAGUUUAGCUGCC